AUGAGUGUCAACAUCCAGCAUGAGUGGAGACAAGUUCCUCCAGGUCCCUACACGAGUGCGACGUGGAUUUACAUGACACGUGCUAUGAUCUACAUGCUUGACCUUGGAGCUGCAGCGUACUACCCUUCUAGCUACAGACAAGCCUCACACAUGCAGAAUAGCAAAAUCGCUCAGAUCUCAGAAGGAGAUGACUCACAGCAUGAAUCUGGAGAGCAUGUCUUAGAGUCUUCAAAGAGGCCGACUUCAACAGGUCCUAGAUCUGUGUGCCCGUUUUCUGCUAUGGGCGAGCUUACUCGAGGAUCCGAGCCGCAAUAUCAGUUUUUCGCCACUGAAACCGAGAAAUUCCAUGCGGAAAUAAAUGAGCCUUACGCGGCGAGAAUACCAAACGACAAUAUUCACGAGCAUAGCGAUCCAUACAGCGAGAACAGCAAAAAUAUAAACACACAUUCGAGUCCUUCGACUCCGAGUGCACUACUUACAUCAUAUAUGCAUAGACGAUCAUCCACAACCACUGGCAAGCGGCGCUCCAGCAUAAAGGAGCCAGAAGACUUGGGAACCGAGAUGGACUCUCUUCACUCAUUUGCUAUUCCCACUUACGGAGACUUUCUAUCCACUCGAGUCAAUGUUCACUUUGGACGCUCACCAAAUCCUUGUACACUGUUGUUUGACAGUGGGUCUGGGCGAACAUGGGUAAACAAAGCUGUCUAUAAGGAAAUGACGCAGAGUGAAGGCAGACGGCUCGGAAUUCGGGUUCAAAUCAGGUAUGAUUGGCCAGGGCAAAGUGAUGAUAUCUGUGGAUGGUUAUAUGAGAAUUCCAUUUGGUUCGGCCCUGGGAACCCAGUUGUCGAGAGGUUCGUAUUUGCAGUUGUUGAUGAACUUGACCAGCCACUAGUCACCCAAUUAAGAUUGCAGAAGAAUAUUGUUGGCAUGCUUGGUUUUCAACUGGCAAAAGACCCCUUCCGCGUAAACAAAAGUGUACCAGCACCAUCUGUAUCUUAUUUGCUCAUGAAGAAGCUAGCUCCGCACCUCCCUAGUAUUAGUAUUGAUUUCAGAAUGCCCGAACAAGCAGCAUAUCAAUCUGUUGACAUUAGAAGAAUAGAGGUGCCUGGUUGCGUUCGAAUUGGUGAUCCUGAGGGCAAUCCACUGGGUCGUCGGAAUUGGAAUUGGAAUUGGCACAAUGCAUCUAAACUAGAAACGAGUGCUGUUACUCGAUAUGAUAUUGUCUUCGACUUUGCUAGAUCGAGGAUUGGUCUUGCAGAGGUUGAAGGGAAAACCGACUAUGUAUGGGAUGAGUUACAUUAA